AUGAACGAUAAGAGAUGGAUGUUAUUUAAAUAAAAAAAGAAUUGUUAAUUUGCUUAUAAGAGAGAUAUUUAGAUAUUUGGAACAAAUGAUGAUUUAUAAUACAUUUUGGAUAAAUAUCAUGCGGUAAAUUUGGAUCAAAGCAAUUCUUUUUUGAAUUUAGAAUUUUCUUUAGAAUAACCAUUUUUAGCAUUAAAAGAUAACAAAAAAUUUUAAAACUAAUCCUAUUUUACAAGUAAAUAUGGUGAUCAAAAAAUUAUAGGAGAAUAUUUUUUAAGUAGAGAUUAUAGGAGUAAAAAGAUUUGGAUUGGAAAAUAAAAACAACUUUUUAUAGAAUAUAAAAUAAAUAGAGAACUACCUAUUUAGGAAAACGAAACUUAUAAGGCUAUAGCAUUUUAGAUUUAAUCUUAAAUAUUAAUAGUAGGAUUGAAUAACUUAAUAAAAGUAUUCAAAUUAGAAGAAUAAACAUUUACAUAAUAAUAAGUAAUAAAAAAUCAUUCAGGUGAUGUUUGUUGUUUAUUAUUUUUAUAAAAUGAUAAUUCUUUUAUAUCUGGAUCAUUAGAUAAAUCAUUAAUAAUUUGGUUUUGGGAUAAAAAGGGCUAAAUAUAUAAAUGUAAAUAAAUCCUUAAGAGUGCUGUUGAGUAGAAAUAUAUUAUUAUAAAUAAAUAGGAGAACUUAUUAGUAUCAGGUGGAAACAAUUUAAUUUCUUUUUGGAUAUAUUAAAAUUCUCAAUGGUUGUAAAAAUAGAGUUUGAAUUUUAAUUCAAAUUCAAUUUUUGGAUUAAAUUUUAAUCCUUCCUAAUAAUUAAUAGCUACAUAUUCAUAAAACCAUAAAAUUAUUUUGAUUAAAAAUAAAAAAAAUAAAACAGAAAAUUAUUGGUUUGUCUCAUUAUAAAUAAAUAUCUACAACUUUACACCAUCAAUCUGUUUUAUUUAAGAUUUUAUUAUCCUUUUUUAAACAAUUAAUUAAACAUCUUUAGGAUUAAUCAAAAUCAAUUUUCAUGCUAAUGAAAUUGAAUAUUAAACCAAAAUUUUAAUUAAUAGAGUUUGUGAUGAGUAAACCACUUUUCUUAUGUAAUUCAAUUAAUCAAAAAAAGUAGUAAUAAAUUAAACUGGCUCAUUUCUGAAUUUAAUUUUAAUCAUCUAAGAAAAUUAAGUUUUACAUCAUUAAGAAAUUUCUUUUAAGAGCAAAUAUAUUUCAGGUUUUAUGAGUACUGAUGGUGAAUUUUUAAUUACAUUGGAUUAAGAUUCUAAAAUAAUAUAAAUUAGAAAGUAUCAUAGUAAUUGA